UUAUGCUUUGGCGUAGUUGUUAUUGAUGGCUGGGGAGUCCCCAGCGAAUCUUCUCCCAAGAAUGGAGAUGCAAUCGCUGCCGCCGAGACACCGGUUAUGGACGCUUUCCAGAAAGACGCAGAUGGAUACACUGAACUUGAAGCUUCUUCCCUCGCCGUUGGAUUGCCGGAGGGGCUGAUGGGAAAUUCUGAAGUCGGGCACCUAAACAUUGGUGCCGGACGUGUUGUUUGGCAGGAUGUGGUCCGGAUUGAUCAGACGAUCAAGAAGAACGAGCUCAACAAGAAUGAGGUUAUCAUGAAGUCUUUCAAUGAUGCCAAGUCUGGAACUGGCCGUCUACACUUGUGCGGACUAAUCUCUGAUGGUGGUGUCCACGCAAAGCAAGAUCAUCUCUAUGCUCUCCUCAAGCUUGCCAAGGAGAUCGAAGUGCCCCACGUCUACAUCCAUUUCUUUGGUGAUGGCCGAGAUACCGACCCGAAGUCUGGGGCAGGAUACAUGCAAAACCUUUUGGACAAGAUCAAGGAGAUUGGUAUUGGUGAAGUUGCCACGGUUGUUGGCAGAUAUUACGCCAUGGACCGUGAUAAGAGAUGGGAUAGAGUGCAGGUUGGGCUGAACGCCAUAUGUGUCGGUGAUGGUGAGGAGAGCAGUGAUCCCGUCAAGACUAUCAAUGAGAGAUAUGCGAAGGGCGAGAAUGACGAGUUCUUGAAGCCUAUCAUUAUCGGAGGAAAGGAAUCUCGCAUUAAAGAGGGUGACCAGGUAUUCUUCUUCAACUAUCGAUCCGACCGUGUACGAGAAAUCACUCAAUUGCUCGGAGACUUCGACCGUUCUCCAUUGGAGGACUUCGCAUACCCCAAAAACAUCACCCUCACAACUAUGACCCAAUACAAGCUCGAUUAUCCCUUCCCAAUUGCCUUCAAGCCGCAACACAUGGGUAACGUUCUCGCCGAGACUCUCGGGAGCCAAGGCGUCAACCAAGUCCACGUCGCCGAGACCGAGAAGUACGCCCACGUCACAUUCUUCUUCAACGGUGGCGUUGAAAAGGUCUUCCCCCUCGAAACCCGAGACGAAAAGCAAGAUCUCGUUCCCUCAAAUAAGAGCGUAGCAACAUACGACAAGGCUCCCGAGAUGAGCGCCGCCGGUGUUGCAAAGCAAGUCAGCAAGCGGAUAUCCGAGGGCAAAUUCGAAUUCGUCAUGAACAACUUUGCUCCACCUGAUAUGGUUGGCCACACCGGGGUGUAUGAAGCUGCAAUUGUUGGGGUUGCGGCAACAGACAAGGGUAUUGGAGAGAUCUACGAGACCUGCAAGAAGGAAGGCUACUUACUUUUCAUUACUUCUGAUCACGGCAAUGCCGAAGAAAUGAAGUUUCCAGACGGCAAGCCCAAGACCUCCCACACAACCAAUUUAGUCCCCUUCAUUAUGGCCAAUGCGCCUAAAGGCUGGUCCCUGAAGAAGAAAGACGGUGUUUUGGGCGAUGUCGCACCCACGAUUCUCGAGGCUAUGGGCUUGAAGCAGCCUGAAGAAAUGACUGGAAGCAGUCUUUUGGUUAAGAGUUAG